AGAAAGGGUUGUGGGUAUUGAACUUCCGUGUUCCGUAUUCAAACUUGGCUUCUUCCCCAAGUUAGGCGAGUGUCCUGCUCAGCGCUGGGCUUGGAUCUCUGACAUGGAGGAUAUUCUGUCAUUCUCGGAUGUGGCCAUUUAUUUUUCUGCGGAGGAGUGUGAAUGCCUGGGCCCUGCGCAGUGGAAACUGUACCGAGAUAUGAUGUUGGAGAACUACAGCAACCUUGUGUUCCUGGGUCUUGCUUCCUCUAAGCCAUAUCUGGUUACAUUUCUGGAGCAAAUACAAGAGUCUGCAGAAGAGAAGAGACAAGCAGCCAUCACCAUGUACCCAGGAGACAAAUACUAUACAUGCAAAGAAUGUGGCAAAGCCUUUCAUUGGAAAUCAAAAUUUAGUAACCACCAGAGAAUUCAUUUAAGAGUGAAGCCCUACAAGUGUGAAGAGUGUGACAAGGUCUUCCAUGUUCCAUCAUUACUUUCUGAACACAAAAGAAUUCAUACAGGAGAGAAACCAUACAAGUGUGAAGUAUGUAACAAGGCCUUCCAUGCUUCGUCAUUACUUUGUGUACACAAGAAAAUUCAUACAGAAGAAAAGCUCCACAAAUGUGAAGAUUGUGGCAAGGCCUUCCAUACUCCAGCACUACUUUCUUUACACAAGAGACUUCAUACAGGAGAGAAACCCUAUGUAUGUGAAGUGUGUGGCAAGGCCUUCCAUUAUCCUUCAAGACUUUCUACACAUAAGAAAAUUCAUACAGGAGAAAAACCCUACAAGUGUGAAGUGUGUGGUAAGGCCUUCCAUUAUCCAUCAAGACUUUCUACACAUCAGAAAAUUCAUACAGGAGAGAAACCAUACAAGUGUGGAGUGUGUGGCAAGGACUUCCAUACUCCAUCAGUACUUUCUAAACACAUGAUAUUUCAUACAGGAGAAAAACCCUACAAGUGCGAAGUGUGUGGCAAGGCCUUCCAUUAUCCAUCAAGACUUUCUACACAUAUGAAAAUCCAUACAGGAGAGAAACCCUACAAGUGUGAAGUGUGUGGCAAGGCCUUUAAUUGUCCAUCAGUGCUCUCUAAACACAAGAGAAUUCAUACUGGAGAGAAACCCUGCAAGUGUGAAGUGUGUGACAAGGCCUUCCAUUAUCCAUCAUUACUUUCUGAACACAAGAGACUUCAUACAGGAGAGAAACCCCACAAAUGUGAAAUUUGUGGCAAGGCCUUCCAUGCUCCAGCACUACUUUCUUUACACAAGAGACUUCAUACCAAAGAGAAAUCUUAUAUAUGUGAAGUGUGUGGCAAGGCCUUCCAUUAUCCUUCAAGACUUUCUACACAUCAGAAAAUUCAUACAGCAGAGAAACUACACAAAUGUGAAAUAUGUGGCAAGCUCUUCCAUGCUCCAUCAGUACUUUCUAAACACAAGAAAAAUCAUACUUCAGAGAAGCCCUACAAGUGUGAAGUGUGUGGCAAGGCCUCCCGUGUCCCAUCAUUACUUUCUUUACACAAGAGACUUCAUACAGGAGAGAAACCAUAUACAUGUGAAAUAUGUAGCAAAGCCUUCCAUUCUCCAUCACUACUUUCUUUGCACAAGAGAUUUCAUACAGGAGAGAAACCGUACAAAUGUGACGUAUGUGGCAAGGCCUUCCAUUAUCCGUCAUUACUUUCUUUUCACAAGAAACUUCAUACAGGAGAGAAGCCUUACAAGUGUGAAGUGUGUGGCAAGGCCUUCCAUUAUCCUUCAAGACUUUCUGCGCAUAAGAAAAUUCAUACAGGAGAAAAACCCUACAAGUGUGAAGUGUGUGGCAAGGCGUUCCAUUAUCCUUCAAGACUUUCUACACAUCAGAAAAUUCAUACAGGAGAGAAACCCUACAAGUGUGGAGUGUGUGGUAAGAACUUCCAAGCUCCAUCAGUACUUUCUGUACACAAGAGAAUCCAUACUUCAGAGAAACCCUAUAAGUGUGAAGUGUGUGGCAAGGCCUUCCAUGUUCCUUCAUUACUUUCUAAACAUAAGAGAAUUCAUACUGGAGAAAAACCCUACAAAUGUGAAGUGUGUGGCAAGGCCUCCUAUUAUCCAUCACUACUUUCUUUACACAAGAGACUUCAUACAGGAGAGAAACCCCACAAAUGUGAAGUUUGUGGCAAGGUUUUCCAAUAUCCAUCACGACUUUCUAAACAUAAGAAAAUUCAUACAGAAGAGAUAUCACAUGAGUGUGAAGUGUGUGGCAAGGCCUUCCAUUAUCUAUCAAGACUUUCUAAACAUAAGAAAAUUCAUACAGGAGAGAAACCAUACAAGUGUGAAAUAUGUGACAAGGCCUUCUGUAUUCCAUCCUUACUUUCUAAACACAAAAGUAUUCAUACAGGAGAGAAAGGUUAAAAUUGUAAAAUAUGUGACCUGGCCUUCCAUUGCCCAUCAUUAAUUUCUGAAUACAAGGAAAUUGAUAUAGUUGAGAAACCCUACAAUCGUGAAGUAUGUGGCAAGGCCUUUAGAACUUUCCAAAUUUUUUCUACUCCCUUGAUAACCUAUUCUGGAG